AUGGCCGGAACUCCUGUUUUCGAGGCUAUCGCCUUUUUUAGCCGCGCAGUCAGUGCCUGGGAGUCUCCUAACUAUACCCUUGUUCCUUGUGUUAUGCAAAAUUCACUUCUCCUUCUGGGACCGACAUGCUUUUCUGCAUCAAUCUAUAUGGGUCUGGGACGCUACAUCCGAAAAUUAGAAGGGGAGCGGUUUUCGUUCCUUAAGCCGAACUGGCUGGCUAAAGGCUUCCUCGCUGGCGACAUAAUAUCAAUUGCGCUACAAGCGGUCGACGGCGGGAAGUUCGCGAAGGUUGAUACCGCAGAGAAUGAGACUACAGUAGAAAGCAUCGUAAUUGCUGGCAUAAUGGUCCAGCUCGUGUUCUUCACUGUUUUUAUUUUGCUAGCAACAUCGUUCCACUUCCUAUUUCUCACCAAGUCCAAAGCACAGCCCUAUGGUUGGCAAAGGUUCAUGGGCAUCAUCUCCGUUGCAAGUGCGCUCAUUCUUGUCCGAUCACUUUUCCGUAUGAUCGAGUACCUUGAGGGACGUGACGGAGAACUCCAGUCUAAAGAGGUAUAUCUUUAUGUCCUCGAUGCUAUUCCAAUGGUUCUCGUCAGCAUCGGUCUUUAUGUCUUUCAUCCUUCAAAAUAUUUCAAUGGCAGGAGGAAGAGUCUAUGCGAGUCAGAAAGCGAGAUGACAUCAAGCUUCCCGUAUGUCCCACGCCCGGGAUCAUAA